GGAGUAUAAAAUAAAAAUUUUGGUCGCACUGAUGGUCUAUAGUUAAGUAUAUACGUGUAGUUUGUACAGCAGAUCUCAUCGACCUAGUUUGUAGAUGAUAUCCAAGUUUUCUUUCCAUUCUAAACCAAAUUGCCCGGCGGCUGCUAAAGACUCUUCUCUUCUCAGUCAUUCAUUUCAAUAUUCAAAACCCCAGAGAAGAUAUACACACACAUCCAAGAAGAACAGAUCUGCAUCUAUACAUCAUGCUGCAACAGUUGCAGGGCGGGUCCAGUUAGUUUAAGGAAGAACAUAUGGCUAGUGAAUCGAACAAACAAAUAUCUGUCUUUCUCUAUAAUGGUCCUAGUAAUAUGAAUUAUGCUGUGACAUCUAUAUCUACCAAGACGACAGAUGAGGAGGUGCAAAAACAAUCCCGUCGCAGUAAAAUUCCUCCCGAUAAAAUAAUCCGUCACCAUGGAUCUGCCCUAGUCACUUUUGGAACAUCACUUGUUUCUGUGGGCUUUAUAGUAUAUUGUAUUGGGGGCUCAAAGAGAGAUAAAUCCAUGGGGAUCUUAGCCAGCAAUGAGGUCAGAAAGUUCGACACAACCAAACCAGUACUUGGACUUGACUUCAGUCCCCCACCAAUGAAUCAGGGUAGAUUUUUUCCGGCUGUAGUUGCCAUUGGCAAGAAAAUAUAUGCAUUUGGAGGACUAAGCCAAACAGAUUCCAAUGACUCUACUUGGGCUGAGUGCCUGGAUACGAAUAAGCCUGUACUUGAGCAGAGAUGGCAGCCAUUGACGGAACCUCCCUCCCGCUUAUUGCUAGAUUUCCCUCCGUUUGCUAUCCCUUACGAGACCAAUACCAUUUCUAUUGGAAGCUCUGAUAUCUGCAUGGGUACUACCAUCAUGAUUGGCAGUCGGCACGUCACCCAGGGUGCAAUCCUGUAUGGUGUGCAUAAUGGAUUAUGGGAGGAAUACAGGUUUAACCCUAUAUCUAUGUCAACUAUUCAGGUUUUAAACCCAGUUAGUGUUGUAUGUGAAAAGACCAUAUAUUGGGUUGACGAAAGAGACAUCUACGCCUAUGACUUGGACAAGCACAUUCUUUAUGCAGGGAACAUGGCCGAGUCACUGCUUCAUGAUUUUGAUUGUGGGUUUGACACUACACGGAUGGGACCUGUUUUAAUGCAUUUGCAAGAGAACAAUUUCUGUUGCUUUACAGUGUACGUUGAAAACCCUUUAGGUCCCUCAAAAACUGGAGUAGUAGAGUGCACCAAAUUCCGAGUUACCAAGGAUAAUCCUGAAUCAGGUCAUCAAGGGGUUCUGCAUCUACAUGAUAUGGGUUACCAAUCCUAUCGGUGCGAAACAAUGUGCGAGUUGUCUGGUGUUGUGCCCCUUCAAGCAAGAGACUCAGAGAAGUGAUGGAAAGGCAGAUUGAAGUUAUGGAGGAUGACGAAUAUGUGAUACGAAGAAUGCUGCAGUCUUUCCUUGAUGUGCUAAAAGAUGAAGAAAGUUCCUAGGAACAGCUUCUAAUGUUAUGGAAUCCCAGGGUAUGAAAUUGAAUUUUGGAAUGCAGGGAAGAUAUACUCCCUAUCGCCAAAUUAUUACAUGACUUCAAUUCAAACAUGUUCUUUUGUUAUUAUUGAUUAUUAUGGCAAUUUGUUUGUUUUUGGCCGAACGACUUUUGUCAUUAAGCACCUUAAUCCUGUUACAUUGCCAAUUGGAAAGCAUAAAAAACUUGACACCA